UCGCAAAGUCGCGAAGCUCACAGCAGGUGUUUUUGUUAGUUUGUUGUCAGAUAGGUCUAAUUUUAUUUUUUUGGAAUUUCUGUGUGUGAAUUAGUGUCAAUUUGUUGUGUGUGAAACAAUGAGGAAGCCUAUGAUAAGAUGACAGUUGAGAACAUAGGAAAUGAGAAAGUGGAUCCCAUUUUUUAGGUGGUCCAUCAGUGACUGGUGUUGAUUGGUGGGACACGUGUUGCAACAAGUGUGUUGCUUGCGUCUUGUUGCAAGUGAAGAGGCAGAAGCAGAAGCAGCAGUUGCUCGCUUGCUGUUGCAAUGAACUUCACGCCCUAUGGGACGCCAUUCACUGGCUCGCUUCCCGCUGGACAUCAGUUCACAACCACCAAACUGGCGCAUCAGAUUGGAACGGCCGGCAACCAAGUGCUGGGCUUGAUCAGCUUCGAUGAGUCGGGCGUGACCUACCUGAGACCCGUCGACAUGAAUGGUGCUCUCACGCUCAACUUCCCCACAAACACUGCUAACAAUGCAGGCACACAAAACCAGGUUAGUCAAUUCCACAUAUCUACUAGUGGCUUAAAGCCAGUACAAGGUGAGGACGAGAAUGGAACGGUGGACCACACGACACAGACACAGCAGGAUGACCAGAACGGCCAACACAACAACAACAAUAACAAUGAUGAGGACAACGGCCCCCCGCACACGGUGCAGAUCCAGCACGGCAUGCAGGCCGAUGAAAUGGUUAGUUGUUCGGUUCAAACAGAAGUUUCGAUCACUACACUUGCGCGCGUUGGCACCACCACGGUUUUGCCGGACGUGAAACCGAUUUUGACAGAGACGGCAGUGGCGACCGCGGAGUCGGCGGGAACUACACAGGCCUACCCUGUGGCUGUGGUGGCCCAGAUGCCCCCCGAACUCAUCCUGCGAGGCGAUGACCUCGAACAGGACAAGAACGGCCAGAAGGACAACAGCAAGGAGAGGAGAGGAGAAGACGUGUCACUGAUAAUCGGUGGCGAGAACUACAACAUUUCGUCGUGGCAGUCGCUGGCAUCGAGCAAUCAGUCGGUGGCCGACUACCUGAGCCGCAUGCCGGCCAACACGCUGCCUCUGUCGCUGCACCACUUCCUCAAGUUCUCGGCCGACACCAUCAAGCGGGAGGCCACCGUCGAGUCGUCGCCGCUGCAGGCCGACGCCGACGCCCACGACGCAGCCACCUCCACUGAUGCCGGCGCCAGUCACGACGCCACUAACGACGCCGAAAUCGAUCCUCAGUCUCCGGCGGUGGCGUCGUCAGUGGUGGACUACCUGAGCCGGAUGCCGGCGGGUGCCGCGGCCACACUGCCCUUCUCGCUGCACCACUUCCUCACGUUCCCGGCGGCGGCGGCCGAGGCGACGGCUACUCAGCAUGUCGUCAAGCGGGAGCCGACUGGGGCCGCCGACAAGAGCCGCACCCCUGACCUCUCUGCCGGCGACCCCGUCGACGAACUUGACCCCCAGAGUGGCAAGCCGAAAAAGAAGAAGAAGUACAAGAAGAAGGCGCCGAAGCCCCGCCGUCCGCGUCCCGGCCAGGUGCACAUUGCCACCGCCCUCGACGGCACCACACUCUUCUGCUGCCCCGAGUGCAACAUGGCCUACUCGGCCAAGGACCUGCUCGAACAGCAUCUCGUCUCGCACAAGAUCGAGCGCAGGUUUAUCUGUGAUAUAUGUGGUGCUGGGCUGAAGCGGAAAGAACAUUUAGAAAGACACAAACUAGGGCAUAAUCCAGAACGUCCAUACAUAUGUUCUGUCUGUUGUAAAGGUAUGCGAUUUGUCACAUUCAAUAAUUCUUCUUUAAUUCUAUUUCUCUCUUAUGCUCUCCUAUUUUACAAAAUAAUUUUUUCAAAUAAUUACACAAGUAAGAUAUACAUGCUCAAAAAGAAGAAGAAGUACAAGAAGAAGGCGCCGAAGCCCCGCCGCCCGCGUCCCGGCCAGGUGCACAUUGCCACCGCCCUCGACGGCACCACACUCUUCUGCUGCCCCGAGUGCAACAUGGCCUACUCGGCCAAGGACCUGCUCGAACAGCAUCUCGUCUCGCACAAGAUCGAGCGCAGGUUUAUCUGUGAUAUAUGUGGUGCUGGGCUGAAGCGGAAAGAACAUUUAGAAAGACACAAACUAGGGCAUAAUCCAGAACGUCCAUACAUAUGUUCUGUCUGUUGUAAAGGGUUUAAGCGCAAAGAGCACCUGAACCUGCACUUUGUGAUCCACUCGGGCGAGAAGACGGAGGUGUGUCCCGAGUGCGGCAAGGGCUUCUACCGCAAGGACCACUUGCGCAAGCACGCGCGCAGCCACCUCACGAAGCGUGUGCGCGAGGCCACAACACUCGUGCAAGUGGUGCAGCAGACCAUGACCGAGGGAGAGCCGCAGCAGCCGCCGCCGCCGCAGGAGACAACCACUGUGGUGCUGCCCACGGCUGCAGAGACCGGUGCCGCCGGCAUGGCUAUGCAGCACCAGCAACAGCAGCUGCAGCAGCAACAACAGCAGCAGCAGCAACAACAACAACAGCAGCAGCAGCAGCAACAUGAGGAAAACUUGAGCCACCACGUGAUAACUCUGGACAACUUUGUGGAAGAGUCGUGCGGGGAGGAGAACACAUGACAGAGCUGCUAGCGACUGUCGUCGGGCAGCCGCGCGACAAGCCUCAGGCGACACCUGCUGCAGCUACAGCAGUCGCCGAGUCGCGCCACUGUCGUCCUACUCUCCACACAGGUUGCUACCGACCAAUGAACCGAUCCGAUCACAUUCAGGUGACAAUUAUGUGAUUCACUCGCCGCUGGACCGCGUCGAUGAGUUUUCUGCUAACGGUUGUGCGAAUCUUUCUAUCUCUCUUUCUCUAUCUUUUUCUCUCUCACUUAUAUGUGUGCACGUAAUUGUGGAACUGGAGCUGUAUACAAGAACCGUUCCUGUAUCAGUAUGACAGAGUUUUAUUGUAGACGAACGAUUAUUAUGUACGGUAAAGCAAAACUCAUUCGGUGCCCCCAGUUUGAUAGAUUGGAUAAAUCAAAUUUAUAUAUGAAUGUAUAUCUUAAUAAUUGUACACUUGAUGAUGUAUUUGUACUAAUAGAGAACUACCGUAGUACGGAUUGUUUUAUUUUUACGGACGUGUUUGUUGAUAUUGUCGUGUAACCUGCUGGUCCAGGUUUUGUAUCACUGUUGUAUGUUAUCGUGCUUAUUUUUCUUGUUAGUGCAGCGGAGUAAGAUACUCACGAAGACUAUUAAUUCUUUUUGCAGCAAAACUUUGAUUUGAACUUACUAUCGAUGUUUGGCGUUUGGACCAACGGUAUUCUAUUUUCCAACCCUUAAUUCCAGAUUUUUUUCAAUUCGAUUCAAUUAUUCCAUAGAAUUAAUUCAAUUUAUUUAUUACUAGCAGGUAAAACGUGCUCCGCAAGGUUCUAAUUAAAUAAAAACUUGACCUACUAAAAUCUUGAAAAAUUUAUUUUAAAUAGACCUAUAACCAUCCUCGGUAAAUCAAGGAUCUAUUUGCAAAAUCUCAAGUUAAUCAGUCCAGUAGUUCAGAGGUAAUGAUGCGUCAUUCGUGAAUUCACGUGCAUAAGCCAAUUCUAUUAUAGAUCAAUAAAUAAUGAUUAUUAUCAAUUUUAUUUAUUUAAUGUAUUAUUGAAUUUAAUUUAUUUCUUCAAAAAAUUGAGGUAAAAUAUUUCCCCACUUAAACUAUUGGUUACUGUGUGUGCUAAUAAAAACUAAAAAUCUUUAAAAACUAAAAGUUGCUGAAAAUUAAUCGAAUUUAUUUCUUAACUUAUGAAGUUCAGCCUAAAAAAUAGUAACUUGAUAAAAUAAAUAUCAGCACCAAUCAAAUAGUGAAAUCGUCACUGUGUUUAUAAUAAAAGCUGGACUUUAUUGUUGAUAUCAAAUCUUUUGGGUAAUCAUUUGUUCUUGUAUGUUAUUUAAAUUAUGAAAUUUACUGCCGACUUAAUAUUACCAACCUACCUGUUUUGUGAAUUGUAUUAUUUAGACCCUUUCACCCAGGGUAGAAUUCUCUUCAUUUCUUGAUGGUAUGAAUUGAGUCAGCUGGGGUCUCUUUCAAAAGACUGAAGACAUCUUUAAUUAACUGAUAUUGACUUUUGUUAAUGAACUUUUAUAUUGCCGCCUGGUGAAUAUUGAAGAUCUGAAUUGUUAUACAUAUUUGACAACUUUGUUCCUCCGAUAUUUCAUCAAGUCUUCUAAUAGGUAACAAGGAGGCCUUGGUCCAUUGAAUAGUCAAUAAUUAAUGUAUGGUCCAACUUGCUGUCCAUUAUAUACAUUGGCUUUUAUUCAUAUACAGUAUAUAAAUUUGAUAACUUAUCUUUCUUUUGCUGCUCUAGUAAGAAAAAUAAUAGAGAUAAUUUUAGUCCAAUGCUUGUGAUUUGAAAUCACAAAAAUGAAUGCAAUACAUUUAUUCUAAUACAGUUAUUUUAAACACUGUCAUCAAUCAUUGUUGUUAUUAAUUUGUUGUAUUAUAUUCGCAAUAUAUCAUGAAUAAUAUACCAUCCUUAUUGUUUGAAAUGUAAGAUUGUGAGUACUUUCAUCAAUGAUCUAAUAGUUCCCUCUGUAUAUUUAAUUCCAAUCUAUUAAUAUGUUUGUUAUAUUUACAUUUUUACUUAUAAUUUGAAACUGGGAGAGAUAUAUUGAAGUAGAGCAAUUUCAGGAAAAGUAAUUCAGUAGCCAUCAACUGUGUUGAAAUUUCAAAUUGUCCCAAUUGCCCAAACUCUGGAUCAUUGUUAAAAAUCGAUUCAAGUUUUUAAUUUUGAAGAAUAACAUAUAAAACAGUCAUACGUUAGUCGUAUAAUAUAGACCAGUAGUAUUAGUAGUUCUUAUCCAUGUCAAUGAACAAAGGAAGGAUUUUAUGACUUAGCCAGCGGAUAGCUGAAUAAGGAAAGGUGUCUUCUUCAUUGGAAAGGUGAUUUAUUUAUACCAUCUCUGACUGAUAUGAACUUCAAUAUCACUUCCCGGUGCACCAGAGUCCACCAAAUAUUUUACUACGACUCAUCUGUCAUCAUCGUUUUUCCAUAAGGUUCAUUUUUCCAUAAGAUACUUAAAAAAAUGGUAUUCGAUAAAAGAAAACAUUUCACAGCUUGAGAAAUGAACUUUGAUAUUUGAAGUCAGAGUUUUGUGGUAAUGAUAAUAUUUAUUAUUUCAAUCAUUGCUACUGAUUAUAAUAAUCUUAAACUGUAAUGCUUUCAGAAUAUUAUUACGUUGAAAAUUUCAAUAAAUUCCUCAAUGAACAACUAAAAAUUAUUAUUGUUAUCAAUUGCAUUCAACUUGGAGAAUCCCAAUAAAAUCAUUCAUCCACCUUCAAAUUUUAAUACUGUAUUUAACACUGCUGUUAUCUCAGUAGCCUUAAACUCGAGUUAUUAUUCUGCUGAGUGUGAUGUCCUAUCCUUAUUAUCGGGUAAUGAGAAGGAUUAUGAUGAAAGAUGAAUAGAAUGGUUUCAAUUGAUUUAUUUUGCCAUUACUGAUUGUUAGUAGAGCCUGCCAUCAACCGACCACCUUAUGCUAAAGUUCAUCACUUUAUCUGAGUUAUUUGAUAUCAAUCCUACCGCUGGGCUAAUCACUUCCCGACAAAUAAUUGUAAACUAUAAUCUUAGCUGAGACGUCUUGCAAUAUUUACACCUUUAAAUUUAUAAAUAUAGUGUGAAUUUUCCAAAAAGGUCACUUCACUACUUUGGCGUUGGACCAUAUGUUUACAUAGGAGUGGGGCAUGCCCGACGUCUGUCCCCCCUGUGUUAAUUGGGCCCUAGAGCUUAGUCUCUCUGUAUUGACGAUGUUGGCUUGCAAUAUUUCGAAAACCGAAUAAAAACUAUAAGCUUAUAUUGUUCAACUUCAAUAUAUCUUUGUCAUAUUUAUGCCUCAUAAAAACUUAUUCAUUUAACCUCAUCAGUGAACAACUCAUAAAUAACUGUUUUCAUAAUAUUAUCGUUCCUCACAUCCAUUUCAUGUCAUGAUCAAUAAACUCUACCCAGUUCAUUUAUAGAACUGGAUAGUAACAAUUGUAAAUAAAAUUAUAAUCUGUAAUUAAUAAUAGAAAUUAAGGAAAUUUGAAAGCAAUGAAAAAGCGGGAAACUUACGAUGAGCCUUACAGUUCGUGUUACUGUUACAAGAGUAAAUGUUCAACUAUUCUCUAUCGUAAGAUUCUGUUUAGUUUCAAUUUAAUCAUUUGAUUGGUUUUAAUUAAUUAGUAUUAUCAUUGUAAAUUACACAAUCAUUAGUUUUAUUAUAUCAUAAUUUAUUAUUUUAUUACAAAAAAAUAUUAGUUGAGUUUUAUUUUUUCUAUCGAUUACAAUUAAAAAAUAUGAAUUGUUUUAUUUAUUUAUUAACGAUGUAUAUAGAAAAAUUAUUAUAUUAAAUUUAAUGAGCUGUAAGUACGUAAAUGGUGGAAGUCACAAAAUUGUUAUUAUGUUCAUCAAAUGAGGAGAAACAGACUCUAGUGCACUGAGGUUAUGGGUAUUGCAUUGCAUUCAACUCCUACAUUGACACAUUUUUAUCGUUUAGUCGAUGUUUGUAAAAAUCUUCCUACCUGACUUAAUAAUUCAACUGAGUUGUUAUUUCAACCCUGUCUUUACUGUAGGUUUAAUCAAUGCACUAAAGUAAAGCACGUAAUUCACAACUUGAAACUAUUAUUUAGUUUUGGUUCCGGUUUAUUGCUCUUAAUCAAUUUCGGAUAUUAUUUAAUAAUAAAUGUUUAUUGCCAAAAAACAUGAAGAAUACAAAACAAUAAUAUUUUUGGCGUGGCUGGAAUAAGAGAAGCCUUGCUCUAUUUAAUUCGAUAACUUUAUAAUCUUGUGCUGCCCACUGGACAGCUGGCUGUCCAAUUAAAUAACAAUAAUAUAUCUGUAUCAAUGUAUCCUUUACCGUUCGAUUAAAAUGUUAUAAAAAAAUAUAGUUCUCAACGGAAACAUUCUAUUGAAUCUUGAUUGUUCUAGAUAAUUAAUUUAAAUUAUUCAAACACGUUGUUGAAAAAAUUCAAAGAGGAGUUUAUUUAUAACAAUUUUAAUUCAACUUUAGGCUUAUUUUAAACAGUAUCCAAAUCAGAAUUAUUAGUUGAUUUCCGAAGUAAUAGAUAUUAUAUACAUAUAUUAUUUUAAUGGCCAAAUAAAGAAAAUAUACAAAUUCCACAUUUUAUUAGACAAUAAAAUGCACAUUUUAAUUUAGAUUUUUUGCAUUUCGCUUUUUAUAUUCUUUACUCAACAAUUAUCUAAUGGACAGUUUGUUAUCUUAAACUCUUAUCUGUGUAUUUCUUAUUGGUUUUAAUCAUGAAUUUUUCUGACACUAUCUUUUGACAGGCAUGUACCUGUUGAAGUGUGCUUUUUAUUACCAUUGCUUGUAUUGUACUGUAAUUUCUCAUUUACAUCGUGCAAAGUUCACAUCAGUUUUGGACUGUCAGUUAUUCCUAAGACCGUCUGUCCAUUAUAUAAUAUUAUAUAGAUUUACAUUUACGAUAAUAGUACUGUAUCAAGUUUACUAUAAAAGUACUGUAUUGUAUUUAUGAUGACUUAUGAGUAUAAUGCAUGAAGGUUGAAGCCUUAGUGCUUCAUUGAGCUGUACAAAUAACUUGAUCUGUUGGUCUACAUUGCAGUUUAUACAAGAAAAAGUACUCAUCCAAAGUAAAUAAGUUAUUUUUUUAUAGAAGUUAAACGAGAUAUAGAAAUAACUUGAUAAAUUGUACUUCAAAAUAGGGUUUCUAAAUUUCCUUGAGAAAGUUUUUACUAAUUUUAAUAAACAAGUUCUAUUACCCCUCUCCAUCCAUGUCCUACUCCGAAAUGUUGGGUUCUUGAUGCUUUGAACAGGUUGAUUUUUUCAAAGUGUGUCAAGUGAUGAAAGUGAGCCAUGUCACCAUGUGGUGCAGAAGAUGUACUUUUUCAUAUUGCAAUCUAAUAUGUCUAUUUAAGCUCCAAGUGAACUAUUGUUCAAAUAAUUACAGUAUGCAUUAUUUAUUUUCAUACUAUGAAAUCUUGCCGUAUACUCCAAAAUCAGUGACAUUGAUAGUCUUCCAUUUCUAAUAACCAUCAGUAAGAACUUCUUAUAUAAUUUCACCUGGUUAGAUUUCUAUAUUAAUUUGGUGUAAUACUUAUCUUUCAUUUAUUUCUUUAGUUCACUUAUUUAUAAUAAAGUUGAAUGUUUAUAAUAAUUUCAUGAAUAUGUUAUAACUGUUAUUUUCAAUAUAACUUUUUUAUUAUAUGUAAUGAUAUAAUAUUGUAAGUAGAAACAAUUUUUCAGAAAUAUAUUACUAUUAGAACGA